AUGGACGCAAUAAAAAAUCUUCACCAGCGAAAAACUAUUUUUACUUAUGGUGUUACACAAUCCGAAGGUGGAGAUGUUAAUGUAUUUCCGCCAGGUAGUUCAAAUGGUAUCAUUGUUCCAUUUAGUUUCUUAUCUAAACAUGUUCCACAACCAUUUGUAAAAGAAUGGAGCGGUGGUAUGGGACAAGUUAUACAUGAUAAAUUUAUUAUUAUUGACUUUAAUGAUAAAAAUCCACAAUUGUUCACUGGUUCAUCGAAUUUAGCUGCCGGAGGUGAAGAACAAAAUAACGAUAAUUUAUUAGCAUUUACAGAUCCGAAUGUAGCACAACUAUAUGCUGUUGAAGCUAUACGUCUUGUCGAUCAUUAUCAUUUUCGUGCUGUUUUACAAAAUUCGUCAGAAACAUCACCAGUGAUGCUACGUAGAGAUGAUUGGUGCCAAUCGUACUACGAUCCACGUAAUUUUAAAUGUCAAGAAAGAAUUUUAUUAGCUAAGUAA